AUGCUGGAUCAACCGGGUUGUGGUGGGUUGCAGCAGGUUGCUUCAACCCACUACCAAGUAAACGCACGUUCAUUACCCCAUUAUUCAUCCCAAGCUCACGUUCAGCGCCCUAUUAUUCAUCCCAAGCUCACGUUCAGCGCCCCAUUAUUCAUCCCAAGCUCACGUUCAGCGCCCCAUUAUUCAUCCCAAGCUCACGUUCAGCGCCCUAUUAUUCAUCCCAAGCUCACGUUCAGCGCCCCAUUAUUCAUCCCAAGCUCACGUUCAGCGCCCCAUUAUUCAUCCCAAGCUCACGUUCAGCGCCCCAUUAUUCAUCCCAAGCUCACGUUCAGCGCCCCAUUAUUCAUCCCAAGCUCACGUUCAGCGCCCCAUUAUUCAUCCCAAGCUCACGUUCAGCGCCCCAUUAUUCAUCCCAAGCUCACGUUCAGCGCCCCAUUAUUCAUCCCAAGCUCACGUUCAGCGCCCCAUUAUUCAUCCCAAGCUCACGUUCAGCGCCCCAUUAUUCAUCCCAAGCUCACGUUCAGCGCCCCAUUAUUCAUCCCAAGCUCACGUUCAGCGCCCCAUUAUUCAUCCCAAGCUCACGUUCAGCGCCCCAUUAUUCAUCCCAAGCUCACGUUCAGCGCCCCAUUAUUCAUCCCAAGCUCACGUUCAGCGCCCCAUUAUUCAUCCCAAAGCAUGUAG